AUGGCGUUAUCGACCCGCAACUUUGAUGCGUCAAUUCAGUUAUUUGGUUAUGCCCCCGGAAAGUGCGAGAUAUCCAUUGCGGGUGUGAUCCAAGAUAUGCUCAACACGGAAGCCCGCAUCAUCUUCGGAACACCACGCCCGUCGCAGACAAAGCUACUUCGGUACGAUCUCUAUACUCCCCUUAAUCCCGAGGAGCGUCAGUUGCUGCGACCAGGAGACCUGAACUUGCUAAGGAACUCGCACUUCAAUCCCAAGUGGCCAGUGAGGGUCUCCAUUCAUGGCUGGGCGGGUAAAAGUGUCUCCUGCUCGAAUGCCGCCAUCAAGGAUGCCUACUUAUCCCGGGGCAAUUUCAAUGUCAUAAUCCUGGACUGGAGUCGCCAGGCCUUGGAUAUCAGCUAUCCCCGUGUCAAGCAGCUGCCAUCGAUAGCUGCCAAUGUGGCCAAGAUGCUGCGCUUUCUGCACGACAACACUGGGGUUCCCUACGAGCAAAUCUACUUGGUGGGUCACAGUGCUGGGAGUCACAUCUCCGGACUGACUGGAAAGAUGUUGAGGCAACGAUUGGGUGCCAUUUUCGCAUUGGAUCCUGCUGGCCUCACUCAACUCAGCCUUGGACCCGAGGAUCGGCUGGAUAUCAAUGAUGCCCUGUAUGUGGAGUCACUUCACACUGAUUUAACACUUCUGGGGAAUCCGAGUACCAAGCUCAGCCACGCCUCCUUUUUCGCCAACUGGGGACUGGGACAGCCACAUUGUCCCAACGCCACGGCCACGGAGUUUGACUUUGUAUGCGACCACUUCGCGGCCAUGUUCUACUUUGCCGAGUCAGUGCGUCAGCCCAGAUCUUUUGCCGCCUUGCGCUGCAGUUCGGCGCAAUCUGUGCGCUCGGCCACCUGCAACUGCAACAGCAACAGCAACAACGGUGGGGGUAGAGGCAAAAAUGCAGUUCAGACUUGCACCGGCAACGAGUUCAUGGGAGGUGAGCCGGCUUUGCCCAAGAGGGGUAUCUUCUAUCUGAGCACACGGCCGCAGUCGCCAUACGGCUCCAAUGAUGGCCUGGUCCACAUCCGACGACCACGGCCGUCCACAGUUCGGGAGACGGCCAGACGGCGGCCAUUUGGAUAGGUGUCGAUCCAAAGCGAGCGAAGCGAAUUUGCGACAGACCAAAAAGAGAUUUUAUACACUACAUAUUUAAGCCUAGCCUUAGCCAAGAGCCAAUCCGCCCAAAGAAUGCGAAUAAAGCACAGAUUACGUUACAAUUAAAAAUUCAUGGCGUAUUCCUUUAAUAAAACUGGAGCACUCUUAUAAUUA